CAAAGACUCGGUUUUAUCCUGACGGCGCAAUCUCAGUUAGCGACUAUGGGCUCAUCAGCCAUCACUAGACACUAAGCAGACUUACUAGAGAGGCAUUGAGUCUCGGCCAAAUUCCAGACACACAGACCCCCGUAUUUAAUCCCUCACACAGGUUCUGACCUCCCAUCUCACUCACACUUAUUUCGUGCCUGGGUGUCCUCUACACCACCACCCGCUCCAGUGGUGCUACAGCUCAACGGCCACGGGAAUAGUGGUAGCAACGGCCAAAGCUACCUUUCUCAUGUGGCUGAAAUGGACCGCGCUGCAGAGCAAAGGGCCCGAGCAGUGGAGCAAAUGGAAUGGCCUGUAGAGCAACGGGGGGGAGCUGUGGAGCAAAUGGACUGGGCUGUCGAGCAAAGAGCGCGAGCUGCAGAGCAACGGGCGGGAGCAGUGGAGCGAAUUGGGCCGGCUGAGCUUCGGCUAGGUGAAGAGAGAAGGAGAGAGCAGAAGCGAGCAAAACGGGCUCGGAGAGCGGCUCAGCGUGCCGAAAAGGCCACAAAACAUAGAGCGAACUCUCAAGGCGGAGGGGCCUUCGGUGCUGUCGGAGGAAUGGUGGAUGCUUCUGGAGCUCUUGCAUUCUACCCACUGAUGGCCGGAGCACCUGAAUCUCCGAUGGCAUCAAAUCCAUUCAUGCCACACCCACCCGCUUCAUUUGCUGCACCGGGGACUCAAAUGGUACCCCAGACUCCACCCAUGCAGUUUCAUGGCCCAUACCUUCAAGGAUCGGGAAUUCCAGUCGCGGCAGCACCGGUUCAAUACUGCCCGGCUGCUCCAGAGCCCAAACCCACACGGAACGGGCCUCAGUAUGGAUCCACUCCCGUCGACAGUAAGUGGGUAUCAGAGCCUAAGUUCACACGGAGUGGGACACAAUAUGGAUCUUUAGUCGGCCAAUUUGUGCCAGAGCCAGGACCUCGACCGUUACAGAAUUUUAUCCAGUCUGGGCAAGUUCCGAGUCAACCCACAAGCAGAAACAGCACAGGGAAUUCAAUGGCACUCCAACUUCCUUCCCUCCCGAUGCCCCCUGGAACACAACAUGGACAACUAGCGCAGCAGGGGUCGCAUAGUACCACGGUGCGAAGCAAGGGACCGCCGGUCCUGAGGGUUGUAGUGAGUCAAGGGCCAAGUGGCCUCCCUACAAAGCCGACUUCCCCGACUUUGCUGGGUCAUGACCACUUGCCACGACUUUCAUUACCCGCACGUCCGGUGUCCAAAGAUGAGAGAAAAUCUAUGGUCUCCCGUCUUCGGGAGUACCAUGCUGCGGAAUCCGAGUCUGGAUACUCGCCAGUCUUCCACGGGCAGGUGUUCAUCCAGGACAUGGUACAGGCUUUCCGGUAUGCUUUACGGGCCGAGGAGAUUUCCCUCGCAACCCCUGGAGCCGGAAAGCCGGAACUCGUGUUCUGGACUGAUGCCUCCGCCGCUAACCCGUGUUGCCGCCACGCAGGUGUUGGCCUGACGAGCCAAUGCAACGUCAUAGGCAUAGAGUGCAUUGAAAACGCACUCGCGGUCACCGGCCUGCCCUCAGUCUCCUUUGCGGAAUUGUUUGCGGUGGCCUGUGCCCUCGAGGCUGCGGCAGAGCAUAUCCAGAAAUGGAUGAAAGCCAGAGAUCUCGUGGCACGGAAUGAUUUGCCUGAAGUGACUGUUUUCACUGACUCGCAGGAUGUCCUCCGUAUGUGCAUGAUGCCGGAUCCUCGGCACCGCACCGAACCUACCAUGCUCAAACUCGCAGCCCAUUCAACCUGGCUUCAUCGAACCGGUGUGAGCAUGCAGUUACAUUGGGUUCCAGGCCACGCUGGCAUCAAAGGCAAUGAACGAGCAGAUUCUCUUGCCGGACAGGCGAGAAGCUAUGCGCAGUUCAUCGCCAAGAGGAAUAAUUUGUCUUCUGCCCAGAUCAAGGCCCGCGGACUCUUCCAGUAUGAGCUGCCUCCUGGUUUUGAUGUGUCGCAUUGGAAUCCGCGCCAGUCAAUCCAGUCAGAAGCUGCUGGGGCGACAACCUCGAAAGGAAAAGAGAGAGCCGUCACCGCGAAUAAUUCACUUGCUGGUUCUAUCGUGCAGCUUCGCCGAUCUAAACUGCAUGACAAUUGUCCAAAGGCAGCAACAGAUGGCCAUUCAGUGUCGAAGCCGGAUUGGGCUGGGGAAGUUGUUGACUUAACAGAAGACUCUGAUCCAGAGUAUUUGCGGGACGACUCGAUGCCAAGAAUCAUUGGACAGAGCGCCGACUCUACGGCUCCGGUACAUCCGACGAACCAAAUGGCCAACGCGAUGGAUGGACAGGGAGGAUCAGUAGCCACAGCACCUCGUGGAAAUGACCUCCUCUCAUCAGACCCGCAGGAAGCGAUUAACUCACUCCUGGAUGGCAUUCACAAUCCUCCCUCCCGCCACCGCCAACAAUUCAUGGUCCCUGUAUCCUCCGAUACGCAUAUGGAAGACGGGGAGAUCUGCGAGUCUCCUCGUAUCCACGCACCGCAUCGGCAAGCCUCAUCACAACAGGGACCAAUCUUCAAGGCCGAUGAUUUUGCAAGAGAAACCGCAACUACUCUUUCAACCACGAACACGAGCAUGCCACCAAUGACCACGGGUUCAUCGACGCGAACUGGUACGGAUUGCGACACCCCCCACUCCGAAGUCGACUGGGACGCCCUGAUCUCCGCCCUCGAUAACUCCACCGCCGCAUCUACCGCCAGCAGCCACGAUGACGCAGGCACGGGAGCGUCUGACCAAGCGCCAUCGGGACGACGCUUCGUGACUCCAGCACAUCGUGGGAAUCGGGGCCAUCGGGAGCUUCGGAAGGGGAGAUGGAAUAAGGAGCGGAACCGGUUGUAUCGGGAAGAGAGUUUGGGGAUGGAGGAAGGGUGGCGGAGUUCAAUUGAAGAUGGGGUAGCAUUGAGGAUGGGCCCGGAUUGA